UUCUCCUCCUCCUCCUCCUCCUCUGCAAUACAGAGCCUGGACGGGGAUCAGUGGUGUCGAGAAAGUACUCAUACAUCCAUCACUAUUACACCUGGCAGCAGGCUCAAAGCUACUGCAGGAGGUCAACUUUCUACAGUGACUUGGCCACCAUCUAUACGCAGUCAGAUGAAAACCAGAUCAACAUGAGGCAGUAUCAUGCAUGGAUCGGCUUUUACAGAAACACACCCGACUCCUCUUGGACUUGGACUUGGAGCGGCUGGUCAUCCUUGACCUCGUACAACAACUUUGACAACUGGGCACAAAAUGAGCCACACAAUAGCGAAACUUGUGCUACUGUCUAUUACGACAACAUAAAGUUCUAUGGCCACGAGUGUGGUGGAUAUUUUUUCUUCUUUUGUCAUAAGCACCCCUUCAACCCUUUGAAAUACACUUUUGUACCAAAGUCAAUGUCAUGGUCUGAUGCCCGGCGGUACUGCCAGAGUCUGUUAGGUGAUCUGGCAACUUUCACGAACAUCUCCUUUGUGAGCUCAGCUGUCUAUCAUCGGGACUUUCCAGUCUGGACUGGACUGCACAGAGAUGGGGGAAUAUGGAAGUGGAGCGCCGGGGUGUCGGAGUACAGAAAGUGGGCAUCAGAUGAGCCAGGGAACAACGGAGACUGUGUCACCAUCUCCUCUACGCAGAAAAAGAUGGCUACCCAGGACUGCUCUGCCCGGUUUCCCUUUGUCUGCCUCAGGGACAACUUGGUUCUGGUGAAGGAGAACAAGACGUGGGAGGAGGCGCUGGAGCACUGCCGAGCCCUACGGUCACCCACCUAUUACCACCUUCGCUACGAGCUGGUCAGCGUGCAAUCUGGACAAGACCACAGCUACAUCAUAACCAGGAUCAUGGAGGCCGACACUGAGGAGGUGUGGGCAGGCCUGCGUUUCCUGGCCGGUCAUUGGCUGUGGGUGAACUCUGUGAGUAUGUCAUACUCUGAUCUGCCCGUCUGCCCCCCCGAGGGGCAGCACUGUGGAGCCUUAUCCAAGAAUGACACGGGCAGUAUGAAGAUCAUAGACUGUGCUGAGAGGAGGAACUUCCUGUGCUAUAGUACAUCCUGA